AUGGACGUGCCCCUGACUCCCAGGGAGUCCGCCAAGUUCGUCGCAGAACACAGUCGGGAUGUGUUCGUCGACAGCGGAGGCGUUCGGAGGGUGGCGGAGCUGCUGCUGCCCAAGGUGUCGGGGCCCGAGCUGCGCGUGGAGGGCUGGAAGGCCCUUCACGAGCUGAACCCCAGGGCGGCCGACGAGGCCGCGGUCAACUGGGUGUUCGUGACCGACACGCUCAACUUCUCCUUUUGGUCGGAGCAGGCCGAGCACAAGUGCGUGGUGGGGUACGGGGGGAGAACGUACAGUGGCUUCUGGUCCCUGUGCGCCGCAGUCAACCGAGCCCUGGACGAAGGGAUACCAGUAACCAGUGCCUCGUACUAUGCGACAGUGACCCUGGAGCAGGUUCGGCAUAUACUUCGUUCUGACACAGACGUUUCCAUGCCUUUGAUAGAAGAGAGGCAUCGGAUUCUCAAUGAAACUGGGAAAAUCCUGCUGGAGAAGUUUGGAGGCUCUUUUCUUAAUUGCGUUCGAAAAAGUGAAAAUAGCGCACAGAAGUUACUGCAGCUGGUGGUUGAAAGUUUUCCUUCUUACAGAGAUGUGACCCAGUUUGAGGGGAAAAGAGUUUCUUUUUACAAACGAGCCCAAAUCCUUGUAGCAGAUACGUGGAGUGUACUAGAAGGAAAAGGAGAUGGCUGCUUUAAGGACAUCUCCAGUAUCACCAUGUUUGCUGACUAUAGACUACCUCAAGUUCUUGCUCACCUUGGAGCCCUGAAAUACUCUGAUCAGCUACUGAACAAGCUUCUCAAAGGAGAAAUGCUCUCAUAUGGGGAUAAGCAAGAGGUGGAAAUCAGGGGGUGCUCACUUUGGUGUGUGGAGCUGAUCCGGGAUUGUCUUCUGGAGCUUGUUGAAAAACAGGGCGGAAAACCUAAUGGAGAGAUCAAUUCCGUUCUUCUGGAUUACUACCUAUGGGACUAUGCCCGCGACCAUAGGGAUGAUAUGAAAGGGAUUCCAUUUCAUCGCACACGGUGCAUAUAUUAUUAACCCCAUAUGUACACUGAUCCAAAGAGCACCCCUGCAUUUUAGAUCAUAUUAACCAUUUAUAUGGUUUUGCCUUGAUAUUAAAAAAAGAUAGUAGAGAUUAUAGGAAGGAGCAGAUUUAUUACCCAGUCUCAGUUUUGAAAAUUUUCCUUCACAUAUCACUCU